AGUUCGGAGUCUGUGACUGGCGUGCGCCUGCGUUUGCGCAUGCUCAUUGUCGUGCUCAUGCGCGAGGGCGAGCGGGGCGGAGCGCAGUGUAAGUUAGCCGCGCGUGCAGAGACACCUUGACCCCGCCAACACGUCGGUGGCGACGACGCGACAAAACCCGUAAACUCCAGUAGUCCUGUUUGCCACCGAGAGCUCAGCGACUCUUUUGUUGGAAGGGUGCAGAGCACAAUGAGGAAGGGAGGAACAUGGAGACUGUUGAAAGGCUGGCCUUCAGAUGCAUGGAAAAAUGCAAGGUGGAGUCCAGCACAGACUCUGACUCGGACAUGAGCCCAGAGGCUGGGGUGUCCAGUACAUCAGAGAGUGGAACUGGAAGAAGCAGAGUGGGGCCAUGGCACUCGGCAAGAAAGAGUACAUGGCCGUCUUUAGAUCCAUAUGAUGGAUCCUCAGAAAACUCUUCAGACUCAUCCGAUUGUAGUUUGGGAAGCCAACAAGUCUUAAGUGGAGCAGGUCAACUAGAUGUUCCUAUUGACACUGCUGCAGUAAUGGAGUUAGGUCAUUUUGAGAAAGAUCUUCAAGCUGAUGUGCACAUGAGGUCCUUUAGUGAUUCUGAAGUGCCCCCAGUGUCUGUCCUGCAACUUGAAGGACCACUGGAGAAGUUGCAUGACUCUGGCAUUCAUUCAGAAUUGUCUUUCUCAACCAUCAUUGGGUCAACAGAAAGCCCAUCUGGUACAAUGAAAGUUGAGUCGUGCAGACCUUUCUCUAGAGUGAGUAGUAUGCAGGAUCCCUUACAGAAACGCAAACUCCUCUGCCAUGCAGAUACGGGGGAAUGCUUGCACAAGAAGAAGCAGCGUGUAAUUCAUUUAGAGGUGAGUGUUACAUGUUGCCGCUCCUCUUCUCUAGCAUUCUUACGUGUUUAUUUAUUGGAUUCAUUUUUCUUUCAUUUCCCAGGACACAGAGUGAUACCUGCCAUUCAUUAACAAGGGAUGUUUUCUGAAGAGGAUUUUCUGUUAAGGAUCACAGUUGCACUGCACUUUGUUUUUUGUACCUUUCUUGAGGU